AUGGGUGAAGAGGGGGGUUCAGUAGAGAAAGAAGGAGAGAGAGUUGAAGAGCACAAAGAGGAAAGGAAAGAUGAACUCUUCAAUGAUGUUGAUCCCAAAAUAUUAGCAGCAGUUUUACUGGAGGCUUUGAAUAUGCCACAUACAGAGAGAAAGAGGGAAUGGGGCUGGGGUAAUGAGACAGAGAAAGAGGAGCAGGAAGGGAGGAAAGAUGCAAACCAAGAGCAGGAAAAGGGAGGUGAUGAGAAAGCAACAGAGGAAGACAGGAAAAAAGAUGACCAGAUGUUAGCUCUGUUGAUGACUGCUACAAGCGCACAGGGUCGGGAUGAGCAGGAGAGGGAAGAGGAUGAGAGGAGGAAAGUACAAGAAGAAGAGAUGCUUACAGAAAAGGUUAUGAGUCAUACAACAAGCCAGACAGUACCAGUUAAAAUGCAGCAACAGUCAACAACUGAAAAUGGAGAAGGGGAGGAGAUGCUAGAAAAUGAGCAAGGGUCAACCACCCUGGAUGAGCCACAGCAGCAGGGAGAACAACGCAACGAUGAAGAGGAGUAUCAACUGAGCCCAGAAGAACUGAAGAACCUAGAGUCAAUGAUGAAAGAGUUUCAGAGCUUAACCACUGCCGUUAAGCGAAAGGGAGAUUCAAUGCGGGGCCAGAGAGAGAGAAGAGGUUAUAGUCCUUUCAAUGACGUCCUACCUAAAAUUAAAGACUAUGACCUUGCAAUGUCAAAGAUGAAGCUAAAAUGGCAAGAGGAGACACAGAAAGCCAUGAACUUCCCCUCAUUCCUGGGGGGCAGUUUUAUGGAAGUGGCUGAAGACAACGAUUUGAACAAUGCUCUCAGUGAUCCAGCUCACCCCCUGCCCCCACCAGAGGAUGAUUUGGCUGAAGAGGAUGUACCAGAUAUGGAAGUGGAAGAGGAGGAUAUACUGAGCCCUGAGGAGGAGGAGGCUCAAGCUAAAGCAGAACAGGAGGAAGUUCGCAGGCAGGCCACAGAAGCACAAAGAGCAAAGAUGGAGGAAGAGAAGUUAGCUGACAUUGCCUCGGACAUGCUGCUCCAGUACAUGGCCAAACAAAACAGUGGAAACAAGAGGGAAAAGGAGCAAAUGUGGAAGUACUCAUCUUCUCUGCCUAAUACUGCAGAGGACAAGCGGUCUGAUGAGAAACAGGAGGUGAUGGGGGAUAAUGAUGAUGAUAUUGAUCCUCAAACAAUUGAUAAGUUGAUUGAGAUCUCCAGCAAACUCCACCUCCCUGCUGAUGAUGUAGUGGACAUUAUCGGUGAUGUGGAGAAAAAGAAGAAGAAAGAUGUGCAACCUGAAACAGCAUCACUGUCAUCUUGGCAACAAACCCUCAUGCCCCAAUCUUCACUGCCAUCCACUAAUGGCAUAUCAGUAUCAAAGAUCACAGCCAAUCAAAAAGGCUUUCCCUUGUCCAAACAGACGACAGUUAAUCCCCUCAAGAUUUCAAAUCAGUGGACUUUAGGGGGCAUGGACCUGUUGUAG